AUGUUUGAAAGAAAACGAGACAAGAAAAGUGUGCAAUCAGAAAAGAAAAAUUUUGUACGAUAUAGUGAGACGGAAGGAAAUAAAUUGACUUUUUGGCAAUACCAAGGACCGAGAGAAGACAAAAAGAAAUCGUUGCAUAGAUUUGUCCUAUUAAAUGGAAUUGAAAAUUGCAGUGAAAAUGCAUAUUAUGCCGAAAUGUCUACUUAA